AGCUGAUCAGCGGGUGGGCGGAGCUUCCAGAGAAGCCUCUGAGUAGGCCUCCCUGAAGCCUGAACUCAGCAGGCCUGAAGGGAGGCAGGAAGCCAGGAAGGAGGCUUGCAGAGCUACUUGCAGCAGACCAGAGACCAUCCCUCACAGCUUUUGCAAGAAUGCCCCUGUGGAAAUUCUCCGGCCCGUCGGGCUUCCUCAGCCGCAGCCCUUCCAGUGCCAGCAAAGAGCUCUCGGCCACAGCCAAGUCAGGGAGCUCGGGGGACGCCGGGAGUGGUCCGGCCGCACUGUCGUCUUCUGCUUCUUCACCGUCGGGCCUGGCCGCCGUCCUCAGCGCCUGCGACCCGGUGUGUGCCCCAUCCUGCACUUUGCAGGUAAUGAACAGGCUACGGGGAGGCGUAGGGGGUGGAAGGAAGGUGCCGCGGGCCAAGGGGGCCAAGACCUCCAGCGAGGAGUGGAGCCGCAGGGGCAGCUUCAUCAGCAAACCGGUCCAAGGCUGGCUUCACCCGGACGAGAGUGUCAUAGGCCCAGGAGUCUCCUACAAUGUCCGGUACAUGGGAUGCAUUGAAAUCCUGCGUUCUAUGAGGUCUCUGGAUUUCAACACCCGGACACAGGUUACCAAGGAAGCCAUCAACAGACUGUACGAGGCAGUCCUGGGAGUCAAAGGGACCUGGAAGAAGAAGGCUCCUAACAAAGCCCUUUUCUCAAUUCUUGGCAAGAGCAACCUCCAUUUUGCUGGCAUCAGUAUAGCCAUCAACAUCUCUGUUGAUGGACUGAACCUUAUGAUCCCAACAACCUGCCAGAUCAUCGCGAAUCACCGCAUGCAAUCCAUCUCCUUCGCUUCAGGGGGUGAUACGGACACCAUGGACUACGUUGCCUAUGUUGCAAAGGAUCCCAUCAACCAGCGAGCAUGCCACAUCUUGGAAUGUUGUGACGGACUGGCACAGAAUGUCAUCAACACCGUGGGGCAGGCCUUUGAGCUCCGGUUCAAGCAGUACCUCCACAGUCCCCCCAAGACUGUGGUCCCACAGGACAGGGCAAUGGGAAUGGAAGAGUCUGCCUGGGGUGAGGAUGAGGAAACCUCUGAGCACAAUUACUACAACAGGAUCCCAGGAAAGGAGCCUCCCCCAGGGGGUCUUGUGGACUUCCGCCUCUGGCAUGGCAUAUCUCUCAGCCGCACACACUCCCAGCUGUCAUGCGCAAGCCCAUUUAGCGAGGUUGGAUCUCCUUCCAGGAGGGACCCAAGCAGUCUUUAUAACUUGCACUGGGAUGCUGAUCCCUAUGGCCAGAGCUGCGAUUGCUACGUAGAAGCGGACGGAAAGCCGUUGGGUUCUCGAGAUUACGAAGGACAUGUGUAUGUCAACACGCAAAGCCUGGAAAACUGGGAGGCGGAGGCUGGGGGGCACCGACUGCCUGACGAGAGCCCCACAAAAGACCUCUUUGAUAUGAGGCCCUUUGAAGAUGCCUUAAAGCUUCACGAAUCCAUGUCAGCUUGUGGUGCGGGCAGCGACCCUCCGAUAGAAGACCAGUGGCCCAGCCCACCGACCCGGAAGGCUCCCAUCGCCCCCAUGGAAGAGCAACUGAAGCACGAGCCCUGGUAUCAUGGGAAGAUGAGCCGGCGGGACGCGGAGAAGUUGCUGCAGGUGGACGGGGACUUCCUGGUGAGAGACAGCAUCACCAAACCUGGGCAAUACGUCCUGACAGGGAUGCACAGCAGACAGCCCAAACAUUUGCUCCUGGUGGAUCCUGAAGGAGUGGUGAGAACGAAGAACGCAUUGUUCCAAAGCAUCAGCCACUUCAUUAAUUACCAUUUGCGAUACCAGCAGCCCAUCGUGGCGGCUGAAAGCGAACUUUACCUACGGCAGGUGGUGAGAUGGAAGCAGUGAUGACCUGGAAUCCAGUCCUCUGCUCAGAAACCUACUCUGGACUUUCUCGAAGCUGAACAAAUUCAAGCCCAGCUGUUCUGUGGAACGCUUUUCUGAAACAACGCCCUGUUGGGGAAUGAGAAAGAGACUUGUCUGUUCUGGAAAACCUACAUCACCCCCACUCUCUGGCAUUAUCAGGCUCCAUUAGGCUGCUGUUCCCUUCCCAAUGACCACUGCAUUCUCAUCUCCCCACCCCACCCUGGUUUAUCAGAUUGGACAGAAACAUCAGAGUAGACUGAACAGCCUACCUUGCAGGGAGAGUUUGUGGAGGUGUGUAUCCAGAUUCCCAAAUACAAGAUGUUUGGGUUGCUUUUAGGAACCAAGUGAAUAACAACAACAACAACAAUAGGUUUGGGGUGGGGGUCAUGGGUGGGGUUGGGUAGAAGAAGGAGAAGAAAAAGCAGGUUCCAUUUCAAGCCAAAAAUUGCUGCUGGUUCUCUUGCAGCAGAAAGAAAAGAGUUAUGUAGCCAGCCCUUUCCCAAGAAGCUAUUCAGAUUCAGUGUUGAAAAAAUAACAGGCCUCUGUUGGAUAAUUCUGUUUCUUGAACUGAAAUGGACUAUGGGAGCUGCUUACGAUUCUUAUUAAACCAGACCUUUCUACACUUGCAAAGGUCGGUGAGGGAGAAGACAACAGAGGAGCAACCAUGUGGUUUAUCUGGGAGGCGUUCAGCUCCCUGCAGCUUCAACUUUUUUUUCUGUAGAGUGCUUCACUUCCCCCACACGCCUGCAAGAGGAUUUAUAAUUCUGGACUUUCUGGGAAGGAGCUUGGGGUGGGAGAAAGAGGAAGGGAAGUAUCUAGAGCUCUUGCCUCAAUGCCCAGCUUUCCUCCGUGCUCUGUAUCUCAUUUUUUUGUUGAUAGGAGGUUGAAUAAUCUUUGCAGCAAAAUGAGAAAGAUUUCUGCAAAAUCCUCUCUAAAGGUUGGCAGCUGGAGGUGUCUAGGAGAGAUUCCACAGUCUGCCACCAGGGGGCACUGUGGUGCUAGGAGAGCACCGUUGGGCAGCUUCACCUUGGCCUUGUAGCAUUACAAUAAAAAUACCCGCUCUAGGAAUGUAGUCCUUGCUUCUCUCUCUUAUUGUGACAUUGCUAGUCACAGUUUCUCAGAUGCUCUCUCAGCCAAGUGAAUGCCUACAGACUUUUGAACAUCUAUUGCAUCUUUAAUGACGCCAUGAUCCGCAGGAGUGUUUGUUAACCAGGGAGCGUUGCUGUUUUGAAUAUCUUUCUAAUUAAAAGUGGAAAUGUUUA